AUGGAUAUUAAGGUUGAUGAUAGCAUGGAGAGAAAAGCCUUCUUAUAUAAGGAGCCCCUCCAGCCGCUAACCUCCUUCCUUCAUUCCAGCUGUCGCUAUCGGCUCCGACCACCUAGCACCACCGAAUGGCUCUUAUCACCGGCAAUAACAAAGACCGAUGGGAAACCGAGAAAGGGCGUUGCAUCAGUUGAAGAUCGGAGAAGAAGUGGCUUCGUGGUGGCCGUCAUUCGUGACUCUCCAACCGUCGCCAUCACUGUCAAAGCCGGAAACCACCGGGAUAUGUUCAUUGUCGCCAUUCCUACUGUGGUCGAGGUCGAGGACCAACCUAUGACGUCGUUUCAGCCGGAACCAUCGCCACCACCUUUCUUCUACAACUACAUCGCCGCUUACUGCCUCGCCAUUGAAACGUCAUUGUGA